AUGCAAAUAGAAUCCAUAUGGGCUUCAAACCCCACCACUGCCCGAGGGCAGCCAACUCAUUUGAGCUCCAACCCAAUGGGGACGAAAAUCGCAUAUGCUUCCAACAAAUCCAUAUUCCUGCGCGACAUUGAUACACCAGCCGAUUCGAUCCAGUAUACAGGCCACACAGCCAACACCACGGUUGCCAGAUUUGCACCGUCAGGAUACUAUGUCGCUUCUGGUGAUGCGUCCGGAGUGGUGCGAGUAUGGGAUUGUGUCGGUGAAGAACUGAUCACAAAGGGCGAAUUUCCCAUAAUCAACGGAAGAAUCAAUGAUAUUGCUUGGGACAGCGAGUCAAAGCGUAUUAUUUCCGUCGGAGACGGAAAGGAGAGAUACGGACAUUGUAUGACAUGGGACACAGGAAACUCGAUUGGCGAAAUCUCAGGGCACUCUAAUGUGGUCAAUACCGUCUCUAUCAAACCUACACGGCCAUACAGAGCUGCUACUGGUGGUGACGAUAACAGCAUAGUUUUCUACCAUGGCCCUCCGUUCAAAUUCAACACCGCUCAGCGAGGACAACACACCAAUUUUGUCCAAGGACUUGCAUUCUCCCCUGAUGGAAACCAUCUCGUCAGUGUCGCUUCAGACUGGAAAGUCUUCCUCUGGGAUGGAAAGACUGGUGAGCCAGUUUCCGAGAUCAAGGAUUCGGAGAAGGGGCACAAAGGCGGUGUCUAUGGUGUUUCUUGGAAUGCCGAUGCCAAACGAUUUGCUACCGCAAGCGCUGACCGAACUGUCAAGAUCUGGGACCUCGAAGCACAGAAGGUCCUCAAGUCAUGGUCAUUCGGAGACACUGGUUCCGUGCUCGACCAGCAAACAGGAGUUGUAUGGCCUAAUAGGUCGGAUGGUCUCCUUAUUUCCAUCUCAAACAGCGGCGACCUCAAUUAUCUCGACGAAAGGGCGGACACGCCGGUGAAGGUUGUUGCUGGCCACCAGAAGAGCAUUACUGGCCUUGGUGUCGAGCCAAGCGGAAAGACUAUCUGGACAGGGAGCUAUGAGGGAAGAGUUUGCUCCUGGGAUCUUGCAUCCGGCACAGCAGAGGUUCCAGAGAGCCAAUCUCAUACCAAUCAAGUGACCAACUUCGCCGCCUCCGAGGGUAGAAUGUAUUCUAUUGCCAUGGAUGAUACCCUCCGUACUAUUGACACCAAUGUCAAAGACUUCACUGGCUCCAUCAUAGGGACAGAUGGUCAACCCCGCGGGGUCACUUACGCAGAUGACAAAUCCGCCGUUUUUGUUGUUACCCUUGCCGAAAUCGCGGUUUUCAGAGAUGGCAACAAGGUCACAUCUACACCUAUCAAGGACUAUACACCCACCAGCGUCGCUUAUUCCUCUUCUACCAAUAUUCUGGCUGUUGGUGCUGAGAACAAUAGCAUCUAUACUUACCAACUCUCGAAGUCUGAUGACAGUAUUCCGGCGUCACCUUCUUCCAUUCUAAAAUCCAGCAGGGCCUCCAUCUCUACUCUAUCAUUUGCACCAAACUCCGCACUCCUAGCGGCUGGUGACAGCUCUGGUAAAAUUGUCCUAUACGAUGCUAGCACCGGUGAGGUCAAAACUACUCGAUGGGCCUUCCAUACCGGAAGAAUUAAGUCCAUCUCAUGGAACAAAGCUGGGACACACAUCGCCAGCGGAAGCUUAGAUACGAACGUUAUUAUCUACAGCGCAGAGAACUAUGCGAAGAACGUGAAAGCUCUAGGGGCUCAUAAGGAAGGCUGCAAUGGUGUGGAAUGGGUAAACGAUUCAACAAUCGUCAGUGCUGGAGCUGAUGGUUGUGUGAAAGUUUGGGAAGUCGUCGCACCAUAA